AACCUUGAGGGAAUGAGAGUUGAGCAUCAUGGAUUAAGAUCUGCAAAUAGAUGUUGUUAGUAUCUCACAUCUUAACAAUAGCUGCUGCACAAUAGUUCCUCUGCCUUGUACAGUCACCAAACAUUUAAUACUAUUGCAUGCCCCAUACUGGAUUUUCCACACUGCCAUGAAUCGAUAUGUUACCCAUCAGGAUGUAAAGUAAUAGAUAAUAUAAUCUCCUGUUUGAACACGGGAUUAUUCAGAUUCCAAAAUCAAAUGUUUUAUAUUUGUUACUACUUCCACUUUAUACUCAAUAACAAAUGGAAUAAAUAAAACUCAUUUGAUCAUUCACUCAUUUGUGAAUCAGGAGUGUCCAUACUACAUAGUGAUCAAUCUGUCAAUAUCUCUAAGAAAAUCUGUUAUUCAAUCCAUUAGCUUCCAUGUAAUGUAAAUUAUUACCUAGCUAUUUGUACAAUGUACAUUUCCUGAACUUGGUUGGCGUUAGAUCAUUAAAGGAAGCUGAAUGUGUCAGCUCCAUCUUUACCGGUCAAAUCCAAAUGCUAAACUGGGAACUGCAUUCAAGUGUGCUUUUUAAAAUCACAAACUCCCACCAAAUUACUGAGCAAGACGUCAAUAUUUCUAUUUUAUGCAGUGCAGACAAAUUGCAUUUCAAAAUCUGUGAAAACAAAGAGCUCUUUCACAAUUUUGAAAGAUUACAAAAUGAUCUUAGGUCACACUUUCCUCUGCUAACAUUUGGCAGAUGGUAUUAAAUCUGCUGUAGAAAUCAGAGAAAGGUUACAACAGAACAAGAAAAUGAAAGGACGCAAGCUAUUUUCAGCUCCCUCCACUACAAACUCAAGAGCGCCCACUCUUCCAUGUGGGAGAGCUUGAGAUUAUAGGGAAAUGAGCAAAGCAAGAUUGCCUAUUAUCAGUAACCCCCAUUCUUGACAAUAAAGCUCUGUUGAAAAAAAAUGUUGUGAUUGAAGAACCUGUUUUCCUAAUGCAGGAAAAAGGAGGUCUUAAGUGCAUGUGCAGUUUUGGACUGCAAUUUUUGUCCAGGAGGCCAAUAAAGUUCCAGUAUGUCCUCCUUCCCCUACUGCCCGCGCCCUCCUUUAAAGGCCCGCGCUGGUGCCCGGUGACCCCGAACGGCUCCAGUCGUGGGGAGACCCGGGGAAGAGUUUGGCUCGGUCCGGCAGCAGCGCAACGGAGGAGCGGCUUCCCGCUUGCAGAGCCGCUUUCCUGGCCGGGCGGCUGCCUUCCACUCUCGGGCCAAGCGGUGCUGCCCACAACCCAGUCCGGCCGCCUUCGCGUGGCCGCCGGGCCUUCUCCAAGGAGGCGACGGCCUGUAGAAAGCGGCCGGGGAGGGCGGCGCUGCAGGGCCUUGCGGGGCUUCCCCGAGGGCUGCAAGCGGCCAUUAGGGAAACGCGCCCCGGUUCAAAUGGGCCCCUUGGGCAGUUCCCCCGUUUGGCUGCUGUACCAAGCCAGCCGCCUCCUCAAGCCCAGCCCGCCGGUCAGGGCAGCCCUGGAGCGCCGCCACCGCCGCUCAGCCCGCCGGCACCAGCCGGGGAGCCGCUACCUGCGCAGCAGCGCCCCCUGCCGCCCUCGUCUCUGCCCGGGGCGGGCGGCCGCAGGAGGAGGACGGGGAGGUGGAGGGAGGAGACGGCGAGCGGGGCAGCCAUGGCCUUCUGCAGGUUCUCCGGCGGGGAGAUCUAUCAGAGCCACUUCGAGUCCGGUAUAUACGUUUGUUCCAAAUGUGGCUAUGAAUUAUUCUCCAGCCAGUCCAAAUUCCUUCAUUCAUCCCCUUGGCCAGCCUUUACCCAUCCCAUUCACAGUGACAGCAUCUCCAAGUACUUGGAGCACCCAGGAGCUUUCAAGGUCUCAUGUGGCAAGUGUGGGAAUGGCCUGGGCCAUGAAUUCCUUGACGAUGGCCCCCAAAAGGGCCAGUCUCGCUUUUGAAUAUUUAGCAGUUCUCUCACGUUUGUUCAUAAAGCUCAAUCUGGGAAGAACAUGGAAAAAUAAACAGUCUGACAACAUUUUGGCUAACUCCACUUGUGAGCCUUUGGUGUUGGAUGGGAAGCUUCCAUUGCAACUUGAUCUUGAACUGGAUGAAACCAACUUGCUGGACCUCUUCUUCCUCCAUUCAGAUCCAAGUAAACCAGCACCUGGUUCGGUCAUGAGAUGCUUGGCAGUGUGUGGUCCAAGUGCUGGAAAGCCGCACCCCAGAAUUCCCCCAGGAGUUCCCUAUGCCAGAACAUUUUGCCCCGAUUCAGAUGUGAACUGGACUUGCUCAGGUUAUUCUGCUUAAGCUAGUGGGCCAGGGACCCCUAUCUUAAUGGAAUCUGGCAGUGGCAUUUUUCAGCAGCUUUUUCAGUGGCAUUUCUGGAUUCCCACUGUUUGUUCCCACUGCUUAUGUCAUGCCAGAGAGUGGAGAAUUACUAUCAAAUGCAACCCAAUAUUUGACCCUCUUUCUUCACUGGGGCCUGAGUGAACGGCCUCCUAGCUUUCGUGUCCAUAUGGAAUCAAAGAGAUGGGGUGUGCCCUUAGAUUAUUACAAAAAAUGUGGCAGGAAGCAAUGGUGCCUCUGGAAGAAUUUUUUGGAAAUGUUUAAAAUGUGUGUUGGGGUUUCUGGUGGAGCUUAAGACCCCGUGUUGCAUUAGAUCCCACUAGUCAUCUCCUUCUAAGCACAUUCUUCUAUCAGGAUUCUGCUCCAGCAGUUCUUGGAGGCUAAGCAAGGCAAUAAUUUUAAUGGUCUGUUCCUUUCCAGAAGAAACUGCCGUUGCUGUUGCAAGAUUCAUAAAUGGCUAUAUUUAGGUUCUCCAGAAGGCCCCUUCUUCCCUUCAGCAGACAGUCUGCAUUCCUGAGUCCCUUGUCCAUAACACUGUGGAACACUCCAACAUCAUUCUUUGGCCCCCUCCACAUGUCCUCAUAAAUGUACUUGUCUUUUCCUACAGACUGAACUCCUCUCUCAAUGUGAGCAAAACCUUAUGGCAUUUGAAACUAUCCUGUCAAGCUGAGGUGGCGCAGUGGUUAAAUGCAGCACUGCAGGCUACUUCAGCUGACUGCAGUUCUGCAGUUCGGCUGUUCAAAUCUCACCGGCUCAGGGUUGACUCAGCCUUCCAUCCUUCCGAGGUGGGUAAAAUGAGGACCCGGAUUGUUGUUGGGGGCAAUAUGCUGACUCUGUAAACUGCUUAGAGAGGGCUGAAAGCCCUAUGAAGCGGUAUAUAAGUCUAACUGCUAUUGCUAAGAUGAACAAGUGGCACCCUUCCUAUUCUCUGGCAUAACAUUAGCAUCCGGUGGAUGCCACAAGUAUUAUGAUAACAUCACACAGUAGAUGUGAAUGAUGUAAUAUCUGCAUAUAGAUUGUGAUGAUGUCUUGAUGCACAAGUGACACUGUGGCUUCUGCUGCAUAUUAUGUAAUUCACAUUGUUUCCAUAAUGCUGCUAUGAUGCUUAUGAUGUCACUUAACUUUCUCCAUAGGUGUCUCAUGUCUAUGUAUCCUGGGGGGCAUUUUCUGUAUAGCAUCAUGGUAUGAAUUGCCCCAUGUAAACCCAUUCUGGAAAGCAGGGGUGAGGAACGUCUAUAUGAGCCUCCCAGAAAAUCCCCCUGGGAUAUUCCUUUUGCACAUGAUACGGAGCAAGUAUCACCUAGAUGGCACUUUUAGACCCACAGAACUC